UUCCACGACGUCUCACCUCAAGCCUUACGCGCCGUAGACGUGUACAUACAUACCCUGCCUUCCUCAUUCAACUCCAUUGGCACUCUCUCCUCUGUUCAAUAAUCGCUCGACUUAGACUUGAAGCACCGCUUUCCAGACCCCGCCCCCUACAUUAGAGUCGAAACCUUCAAACCUAUACAUCCUGUCGCUGAGCCUCGAAUCUUCUCUCAUUUCGCAGUCCAAACUCCCUUCUACGUUCAUUUUGCUAUGGCGGACGAGGAGGGCGCCUCCCCUCGCGAAUUAAUCCUCGAAGCAUGCCGCCGAAACAACACCUCCCUACUCGAAGAAACAAUAGCAGACCUAGUUUCUGCGGCCCCGAAAGCUGGGAAGAAGCCGACCGAGUAUGUCGCCGAAACGUUGAACAAGGCAUUUGAUGGCGUGGGCAAUGGCUGCUUACAUCUGGCCGCAACCUAUGGAAGCUACGAAGUCCUAGACAUCCUCCUCGACCAAGAAGGCCUCGAAAUCGAUGAACUCGACCGCAUGGAGCUUGACACUCCCCUCCACAAAGCUGUUCGCUACGUCAACUCUCUCGACAAAUCCGAAUGGGCGUCUGCAGGCCACGCCAUCGUCGACAUCCUGCUCGACGCAGGCUGCGAUCCCAGGAUACGAAACAAGGCGAAACUGAAGCCGGUCGAGCUGGUGGAUCCGAGGAACACUGAAUUAAGGAGUAUGUUACAAAAGGGUGAGUUCGCGAUGACAGCGAGUGGGGAUGUGGUGGAGGAGGAUGAUGAUGAUGGACCGACGGGGAGUGCAAGCGAUAGCGAGUAAGAUGAACUAGGUAUCAUGUAUCUGGAGCGAGAAAGCCGAGCUAUCCUACAUUUAGGAGGACCGUCACUACAGGUUGACACGGCAUAGCAUAUUAGAAAGGAGCAUGGAUGGCUUCGUCCCCUCAAGCCCGAUCUGAGACUGCUUGGUAGAGCGCUUCUGAUCUGAGCAUUGUGUUCAAAGCCUUUGAAGCUGCUGUCUGAAGAGGAACUUUGUCCUCAGAAUGACGGCAAGAAUCGAC